AUGUCUUGGCCAUGGCGUUUUGUACACCUCGGCUCCGAUGAAAAAGACCACCGGCGACGCCUGCUAGACCAAUACGCAGUCUAUUCCCAACUAUCCAUCCUGGUCCCGAUUGUGGGUUAUCAAGUCUACCGGCUCAUCGUAUGGCUCUUGAGUGAGAAAGGGAGAGCCCAUGUCGCGUACUCUGCUCUUGGGCAGUCGCCGGUCGGGACAGAAUCAGCCAGCGGCUGGUCUCGGACAGCUGCCAGGCGAUGGAGGUCUACUGUAUGGUGGUUAAGUGGUGAAAUUUCCCCGAUUCUGGGGGUAAGAGGACGCUGGAUUGCUGCAGUCGCUUGGAUUUGUUGGCUGCUGUUUCUCUGCGUCAAUCAGACCGGUGAUGGUAAGCAAUUGGUUCCAUGGCUUCGUCUGUUGGGUGCCCCAUUUGACGAGUUCUCAGACUAUUUUCAUGUCACCAAACGCUUCGGAAGUAUUGCUGCAGCCCAACUUCCUAUUCAUUAUAUGUUGUCUAUGCGGAAUCGCUAUUCCCCGCUGGCAGUCAUCUUCGGCACGUCUCACGAACAGCUCAUCCACUGGCAUCAAAUAUGUGGCAGAAUCAUUAUGAUCCUAAUUGGUCUUCACGGUGCAUUGUAUAUCAACUAUUUUGUUCAGACGGGAAUUCUCGUCGAACGCCUGCAGACUCGCCCAUCUAUGACCGGACUAUUAUGCUUGGCCUUGAUGUCCGUGCUUACAAUCACAAGCAUCGAGAAAUGCCGACAAUGGAGCUACCGAGCCUUUUACUUCUGCCACCUAGCGAUCGGGCUGGUAGUAUUGCCCAUUCUCUUCUCUCAUACCAGUCAUCUCCGGUGGUAUGUGGCUGAGACCCUGGCACUGUUCAUUGCCGAUCGGAUCCUCCGACGAAUUGACACCAUCACCGACUCGGUAACCAUAACUCAGGUCCCCGCUACGGACUUGCUCAAAGUUCAGGUUCAUAUUCCAGCGUCCAAAGUAUCUCGCUUCCAAGCUAAGCCCGGCCAACACGUCUGUAUGUGCAUUUCCACUGGGGGUGGAUGCAGUGGCGCAAACCGCUUGCUGUCGAACCCGUUCACAGUGGCAGGUGUAUCUAAAGGCGAGAUCACACUAUUUCUGCGAACCCGUCGGGGUCCCACGACACAGACGCUGUUGACCCAUGCGGACCGAUUCAGCGCCCAACCUGUAAUUGACAUCGAAGGGCCAUACGGGUCUUCUGUUGACAUCGCAGAUGUCACCGGAAAGUUCGAUCGCAUCCUCCUUGUGGCUGGUGGAAUAGGAGCGACAUUUGUGCUACCUGUCUACCGGGCGUUGCGUGAACACUUCGAUGGCGAAGUUGGUGGCCACAAACGUCUCAACUUUACAUGGGCUUUGCGAUCCUCAGCAGAGGCUGCUUGGGCUGCAGAGCUCGAAGAUCAGGUAUUUGCAGACAAUCCCGAUGUUCACAUUUACUUGACUCGACAAGCUUCCCUAGAGCAUUCCUUCCCCAAUUCCUCCUCUGAAGGGAUGGAGAUGGGCGAGUUGCGGACGUCGGAUGGAUUAGUCGGAAAGUCCAAGACACACAUGGGACGGCCUAAUCUUAGGGAAAUUGUGGACCAGACAUUCAGGUAUCAUGGCGAGGAGUCUGUGGCAGUCUUCUUCUGUGGACCACAGGAUAUGGGGCGUGAGCUACGGGCCCAUGUGGGGAGAUGGGUGGCUAAGGGACGUUAUGUAUUUUGGCGUCAAGAAAGUUUUGGAUCUUAA